UGCCCUGCAGCUUCAGUGCCACACCCGCCGGUGGAAAGGGGCCAACGGGGCACUGUCCCCCGGCUCCACUCCGGGAAAUUCCCCGGCAGCUCCCGGCAGGGAAUAAAAGCACGGGAGAGAAAGGGGGCCGCCUCGCCGGCUCUCGCACUCUCUCCGCCGCCAGCACCAGCCAUGAACCCGCACCUUCGCCUCCUCGUCGUCCUGGCCGCCGCCGCUCUAUGCCAGGGAGCGCCGCCAGCCGGGGAGCUGCGCUGCCGCUGCGUGCGGACCGUGUCCGAGGUGAUCCCGCCGCGGCGCCUGGCCCGCCUGGAGUUCCUCGUGGAGGGGCCCCACUGCGCCGUGCCCGAGGUCAUAGCCACGACGAAGCAGGGACAGAUGGUCUGCCUGAACCCCACCGCACCCUGGGUCAAGCUGCUGGUCACCAGGAUACUCCGCAGUUCACCCAACAAGCUCUGAGGGAAGGAACAUCUCGGAAUGAAGUGACCUGUUUGCCACAAGAUGCCAGGAGACAGAUGCUGUGAGAAGAAAAUAGCUCAACUCUCUAGUUUUGAUGAGUUUGUAGAUAAGAUGUUCUGUGUUUCACUUCCUUUCCUCAUAUUUGUUAUUGCCUAAUACUAUGUACGGAUUUAUUGACUGAGAUAAAGUGAUUGAAUCCAUUUGGUCAGACAGCAUACUCUUUGCUGGACACCUCUCAGCAACAUUCUUACAGUUUGCUCCACCUUUGUGCAAGCUCCUUCCUACCAAAUACUAUUUGCCAAUGAGUUCUUAUAAAAACAGCAUUAAUGUCUGAAAACAAGAUGGGCCCAUUGUGGAGCUAGUUUUGCAAAUAUCUGCAGAGAGUGUGACAGGAGAGGUUUGAAUGGAUCAUGCCGAUGAUCAGGGAUUAUCCUUCUGUCAGGAAUAACAAGAGUCCUGCCUGGCACUUAACAUUUCAGUGCCCGUUCAGGAUUACAUGGGUAUAAAACCUGGUUCAAGCAAGAAUGUUUUGCUGAAUCUCUUUUUCCUACUCCAACUCACCAGCCUGUAAUGCAGAAUGCCUUGGAUCCUUUUGCACAAGAUACCGUCCAAAGAAAUCACAAAUGUUGCCCCUGAAGCCUUGCCCCUAUUCAAUACUUAGUAGAGUUUAAUAAUUUCUAUGAAAUUAUGGGGGUUCGUGCCGUGACUGGUUUGGUUUUUAACCAGAUGAUGUUGGGGUUGGUUAGUUGGUUUGUUUUUAAAUGAGUUUACAUUAAAGUAUUUGGUAUUUAUGCACAAGAUCUAAAGGAACAGUAAAUGUUCUGAAGUGACUUAGAUAUUUUAUGUCUACUUGUAUGACAUACUGUCAUAGCUCAUCAAGAAUAACUAAUUUUCAUUAUUCUGCUUUGGAAAAUUGUAUGUAAAGAGGUAGAUUUCUCGUGAUAAUGUAAUGAAAUAAAUGAUGCAAUAAAAGAGUUUUCCUGUUGGAAAAUAUA